AUGGCAGGGCCUCGUCCGAAGCUUAUGGACACCAACCGCCAGCGGGAUACUAUAGUCACAGGCCUGUCCAUACCAGGACAUCCUUUGACUGUACAUCCCGCUAGUGAAAGCCGCAAGGUCGAGACGUCCGCCGUCAACAAGGACAGCACUCCGGCGCGCCCAGUUGCUGGCACGGAAAAACUGGGAACGAUCUCUGGGGUAUUUAUACCCACCAGUCUCAAUGUGCUGAGCAUCCUGAUGUUCAUCCGAUUCGGCUUUAUCCUGGGCCAAAGCGGCGUGGGGGGUAUGCUGGUCAUGCUCGUUGCUGCCUAUGCCAUCAAUCUGGUCACCACACUGUCUCUGUCUGCAGUCGCUUCCAACGGGACAGUCAGAGGUGGUGGUGCUUACUACCUGAUUUCCAGAUCUCUCGGUCCCGAGUUUGGCGGAGCAAUUGGAUUGGUCUCGUAUCUCGGCUUCGUUUUCAACACAGGAAUGAACGCUGCGGGUCUCGUUGACUGUGUGACCUACAACUUUGGUCGUGAUAGUGGCAAUUGGGAAAACACGCUGCCUGAAGGAAAAUGGUGGGCAUACCUCUGGAGUACCCUGGUAGUCAUACUCUGUGUUGUCAUCUGUAUGGCUGGAAGUUCCAUCUUUGCUCGAGCAAGCAAUGGCCUGCUGAUGAUUCUGCUGCUUGCAACCUUCAGCGUUCCACUGUCAGCAAUUGUUCGGGGACCAUUUGAGACCAAGAAGCAGUUUCUACAGUUCACGGGUUUCAGGCUUGACACGUUGAAGGAAAAUCUGCUGCCUCAUUUCACAAAGGGAGCUGCUGGGAGUCAGUUGAAAGGCAAGGAAAACUAUCAAGACCUCUUUGGCAUCCUUUUCCCGGCUACGGGAGGUAUUCUUGCCGGAGCGAGUAUGUCUGGCGAUCUGAAAAAUCCUAGCUCGUCCAUUCCUCGGGGUACUCUGGCCGGGCUCGGCUUGACAUUCGUUGCAUAUACCCUCGUUAUCGUGGCUAUGGCAGCAAGUAUUACCAGAGAGUCCUUCUACAGGAACGCCAAUGUGGUCCAGGACGCAAGUGUAUCCGGAGUUCUCAUCCUGGCUGGAGAGUUGUCCUCGACAUUCUUUUCCGUCUUGAUGGGUAUCAUCGGCCCGGCAAAACAGCUACAGGCCAUUGCUAGAGACAAAGUUAUACCCGGACUAUCAAUAUUCGGGCAGGGUACAGCGAAGAACGACGAGCCGAUUUACGCAAUUCUUUGCACAUUUGUCGUCACUCAACUCGUUCUCCUCCUGGACAUCAAUCAGAUUGCCUCUCUCAUUACCAUGGCCUACCUCAUGACAUUCUUCGCCCUGAAUGUGGCAACUUUCCUCCUGAAAAUCGGAUCGGCACCCAACUUUCGACCUUCAUUCUCCUAUUUUAACUGGUGGACUGCCGCCGCCGGUGCACUCCUCAGUAUCGGCAGCAUGUUCUUUGUUGAUGGUAUUUCGGCGUCGGGCUCCGUUUGCAUCCUGCUCGUCUUGAUCAUACUCAUCCACUAUACCACGCCUCCGAAGCCGUGGGGUUCAAUUUCGGAAGUGCUCAUCUACCACCAAGUACGAAAGUAUCUGCUAAGACUGAAGACCGAGCACGUCAAAUUCUGGCGACCGCAGAUUUUGCUGCUUGUUAAUGACCCCAGACGGAGUUACAAGCUUAUUCAGUUCUGCAACUCCCUCAAGAAAGGUGCCUUGUUCAUCAUCGGUCACGUCAUUGUCACUCAGAACUUUGGAGAUUCGGUGCCUGAAGCUCGCCGUCAGCAAGCAGCAUGGAACAAGUUCAUCGAGAUGUCCCGGAUCAAGGCGUUUGUCAACGUGGCCAUAUCACCCUCCAUUGAAUGGGGAGCAAGAAACAUCUUCCUUUCUGCUGGCCUGGGCGGCAUGCGCCCCAAUAUCGUCGUUUUCGGCUUCUACAACCUGCAGCAGUUCCGGUCAGAGCAGCCGCUAGUUGAUAUACCCAGUCCCCCACCGGAAAGAAAGGCAGGAUCAGUUCGAAGGCGACUAAGGAGCCGGAGCCAGGUGCAAGGAGAGCUUCCCACUGAUACCUGUCACAUCGAGAAACGAACAGACAUUCAGAGCUACGUUAUGGUUUUGGAGGACAUGAUCCUCAAGCUCAGAACCAACGUUGCCAUUGCCGUCGGUUUCGCGGACCUGGAGCUACCAAAGGUUAAGGACGGCACGAAGAAAUACAUCGACCUUUGGCCUAUUCAGAUGUCCGCCGAUCUUACCUCUGAGGCGGAAGGCGAGCCACGGAAUGUCACAACCACCAACUUCGACACUUACACGCUGAUUUUACAGCUGGGAUGCAUUCUCAACACCGUGCCGUCAUGGAAGCGGUCGUACAAACUUCGAGUUGGUGUCUUUGUCGAGUACGAGAGCGACGUCGAGGAGGAGCGAUCCCGAGUACGUUCUCUGCUGGAAAAUCUUCGUAUCAAGGCAGAGGUCAUGGUGUUCUGGUUUGCCUGUGGAACCCUCAAAUCUUACAAUUACAUCGUCAAUGGAGAAGCUGUGGACGAGGAAACCCAAGAGAACGUCAACAAGAUCCUAGAAGACGAGGUAUGGUGGCAAGAACUCCUCAGACUUCGUGGUAGAACACGGUCCGGCGACAUCAAUGCUAUUGAUGCUCUCUCACUUACAGAUGAUGUUGCCUGGCCAAGCUCAUCUUUCCCAGGGAGAAGAGAGAGUGCAAUUGUGCGACUCGAUGGACUGCGUAGGAUCUUGACGCACCCAAGGAAGAGGUCCUCCUAUGGCAAUUUAUCAAGUCUAGGCGUCAGCCUUUCUAUGAGAACUUCACGCAUAGACGACGACAUGCUCAGCCGACAUGCAUCUCAUCCAAGCGACUCGGAGCGUUCUGAUACCGACGACAUGGACGGGGACACAGACGACGACGAUGACGAUGACGAUGACGACGAUGAUGAGGAUCAGGACAGGUCCGAGGGCAGCCCGCCAAAUAGGGUACGUGGGUCCUCAUCCAAGAAGAGCAGCAGGGCGAGCUCCAACAAAUCGAGCCGGAAGAGCAAGAAAACCUCUAGCAGGGGAAAAUCAACUUCACCACGACCACAACUUCAGUUCGAAGAGGAUAUCUUGCAUGCAGAGAACGGUGAACAAAGGCGAGGACGGAGUCGGGCGGUUUCCAACCCUGCUGCUUCAUCUCCUAGGCACAGCCUAGACAUUGCUGCUUCGUCCCACGCAUCUCGAGCAGUAUCUUCCAACUUCACGUCUGAGCCAGUGCCACCUACGAAGGUGAAUGUUGAAGAUGAGGCUGGUCCUUCGAUUAUGUUUGCCGAUGAUCCACAUCCACGGCGGCAGGAAGCAGAUGAGGAUAUCCCAGCGCCAAAACCAUCCAUCUACCAGCGGGCACGAGACGACAGUGCCAAUCCUCAACCCUUAGCGCAGGGCUUCCCUACAGGUGCCUCGAUACCGCUAUCGUUCAACGAACUUCCAAGUCGAGCACAACAUCUGAUCCUGAACGAGAUCAUCUCCCAGAACAGUGAUGACACGGCAGUCAUCUUUACCACGCUGCCUGCACCAUUUGAGGGAACGUACCGUAGCGAAACGGACAGUCUUGGGUAUAUUAGCGACUUGGAAGUUUUGGCUGGUGGACUGCCACCCACGUUGCUGGUACAUAGUAACAGCAUGACUGUUACCACGAACUUAUGA